AUGGUGAAAGAAUCAAAUUUCUGGCGAGAUAUUUGGAUCGGAAAUUUACCCCUAGCAGAUCAAUUCCCUCAUGCUUUUGAAGCUUCAUCUAACAAGGAUCACUCUAUAGCUGAAAUGUAUGACGUUUCCAAUCAAAGUUGGUCUUUGGGAAUAACUAGAAGAAUUCGGGAUCAUGUAAUUGAUAACGUUUCCGGUCUUCUCUUUGUAUUGGAGAAUAACAACACAGUGUUCACCAAUUCUGCAGACACAAGAGUGUGGAUGGACAACGGCAUAGCAGGUGAUUUUUCGGUCAAAAAAUACUAUAAUUGGCUUCUGCGGCGAAGCAACAUUGACGAGGAGUGUAAUCACGUCCCUGCUAACAAGAUUUGGUCUAAGCUUUGGCCCCCUAAGGUUAGCUUUUUUAUGUGGCUUGCAUCAAAACAGAAGGUCUUGACCCAAGACAAGCUCAUCAAAAGAAAAUGGAGAGAUUGGGUAAAUCAUUGCUAUCUCUGCAUCAAUGAUGCUGAGUCGUCCACGCAUAUGCUUCUCCAUUGCUCGUAUGCGAGCAAAGUCUGGAAUUCCUUCAUUCAGGAAUUCAAUAUCGUGUGGAUUAUUUCUCCUUCCAUUGACAUAGCUCUUCACUGUUGGCCUCACACAAAGAUCAAAACGAGAAAGGCUCUUGUCAUCAACUCGAUUCCUGGUGCAAUUAUUUGGAAUUUAUGGAAAGAAAGAAACCAACGGGCUUUUGAUAACAACUCUCUCGAUAACAACAAGCUUAUAGAAAGAAUCAAGUUCACCAUUGCUUACUGGCUUCAGAAACAGCCUCAAUUCAAGGGUAUCACUCUACAUUAUUUCAUGCUUAAAUGGAACAUGGUCGUCUUUGAGCCACCAUGA